AUGAAAAUUGCAAUUUUUAUAAUUGCUUGUGCAACAGUUGUGUUAGAAAAGUCAAUCAGUGCCGAAAAUUCAAUAUGUACUUACGAAUAUCGCCAACAUUACACAAAGAAAAAUCCUAAUGUUUUCUAUUAUACUUGCAUUUAUGACUCUUAUAAAGAAAAUAAUCAAAUAAAUUUGACAGGAAGGCAUCAUAAAGACCACAACAACAGCUGUGUACAAAAUUUUGAUAGCACUUUCGGAUAUAUGCAGCCACUAUCAUCAUUUAUUUGUGAAUUAUUUCAAAAUUUAAAAAAAAUUCGAGUGACAAUUUCACAUUUGGAAUCGAUUAAUGAAGAUGCAUUCCAAAAAUGUAAAGAUUUAAGGUUUCUAAUGCUGCCGAAUAACAAAAUUCGUGAACUUUCUGAAAAUUUAUUUUUAAAUCAAUCAGAGCUUGAAUACUUAAAUUUAGCACUUAAUGCAAUCAACUUUCUGCCAAGCAAAGUUUUUCAUCCACUCAAAAAGCUUAAACAACUUUAUUUGAACGACAACAAAAUCCAGUCGAUAAAUCCUGAAUGGUUUAGAUGUUUACAGAAAUUAACGACUUUAUCACUAGCUUUUAAUCAAAUUUCGGAAGUUCCAUCAAAAUCUUUGCAGUCGCUUAAAAAUUUGACAACUUUAUGGAUUGAUAGAAAUAAUUUAAAAACUUUAAAGCCAGACAGCUUUGUUGGUCUUCAAAAUUUAAAGCUAUUGAGUUUAAGUAGCAAUAAAAUCACCGAUCUUCCAGUUGAUGUUUUUGGUUCCUUAAAUAAUUUACAAUAUUUAGUAUUGAAUGACAACAAAUUGACAACUAUCCACUCAGAUUCUUUUGGUAUUCUUAAUCAAUUGAUUAGAAUUGACAUCCAGAACAACACAAUAACAGCAAUUGAUGAAAACUUAAUCAACAAGCUGGCAAUUACUUAUUUGGAUAUGAGAAAUAAUCCAUGCAAUUCCUUUUUUCUUGAAUCUGCACGUGACAUAAAGUCAAACUUGACCGAAUGCUUUGUGAACUAUCAACAAUUGAAGAAUCACAGCUACAACUUGUGUAGCACCAGCUUAGAAUGA